AUGCCAACCUCAUCUGCUCUCUCCCUUGUUGGUUGCAGGAAUUCGACCUGCCACGUUUCGACCGAUAUCAUCUUUGACAAUUGGUUCAAGUAUGCUCAAAAAGAGUACGAAAAGCGUGAAGACCUUGAAAACCCAUGGCUGGAGGAGGAAGCUACCCAUUAUGAAGGGUUUAGUCUUGCUACAAAGCUUUCGAUUCUAAGCAAUCUAUGUGAAUGGCAGUUGGACGAUCCAGAGCGUUUCCGUGCCUACUUCAAAGAGGAAGAAGAAGUAGCAGUAGAAUGGCGAGUGGAUCCAAUAGGCUAUGAUGCUAUGGAUCGCACCUACUGGCUUUUUGAUGAUAAUCGGCUUUAUAGAGAGAACCCACUCCCUAAAAAAAACACCAAAGCGACCGAACAACCGAUAGUACCAUCUAAAGCUAAAGCCAAAGUUAAAACAGCAGUUGAACUUAGACGAGGCACACGCCGGUCUACACGUGGACAAAGAGCAGAGGAAAUACUUGAACCAGAGCCGGAACCAGAGUUUGAGACACCGCCUAUUACUCCUGGCGUUCAAUGGGAACCCAUAUGCAUAACCAAAGAGGAAUGGGAGGAUUUUGCGAAAAUCUUUCAUCGCUCAAAGCACUCAGACGAGAAAGCACUUUAUGCAUUAAUCAACAAUGAUAUCCUGCCUAAAGUUCUUAGCGAUUUCAGAGAAAAAGAAAAAGAGCGAGAAAAAUUGGAGGCGAUCGCCAAUCGCAAGAGAUCAUCUAGAAUUGUUAUUAGAGAGCUUGAGCUUCAGGAGAAAGCACGCUUGGAGGCCAUUCGCCAACAAGAGCUACAGACCGCAGCCGAGCAGCGCAAGAGGGAGAUCCGUGAACGUCGAGCUGAGAAAGAGAGGCUUCUUCAGCAGCAAGUUCGCGAUAGCCGCCAAAAAGAGCGUGAAAUGCGACUCAAAGCUCGUGAAGAUGCCAUCUGGGAAAGAGAAAUGAAAAAGAAACAACAACAGCAAAAGAUUGCCAAGGAACGGGAAGCACGGCAGAGUCGCAGACUUGGCAGUAAUCAUAAAGAGGACCAUUCAGAGAAUGAAUCUAUAAAGUAUCAGGACGAGGACGAGGAGGAAGACUGGGUCUUUGAUUGCGUUUGCGGCGUUCAUGGCAAUAAUCUGGAUGAUGGAGAGCUGAUGAUUGCGUGUGGCAAAUGCAAUGUCUGGCAGCAUGUGGCAUGUUUGAAGCAAGAGGACGCAGCGCAAGGAAAGACUGUUAAAGACUGGGAGACAGUUGAUUUCACUUGUUCAAGAUGUAUCGCCAAAGAAAAAAAGAAAGCAGCCAGGAAAAAGAGGGGGCAAAAACUGAAGAUGGAGACCCUCGCAGCGACAGUAGUAUUACCAGGAGUGACCAAAACAACCCCCAAUGGCAUACAAGGCCAAGUAUUAACUCCAGCUCCAGCACCAGUGGGCAAGAAGGAGGUCAAAAGAAAAAAAGUACCAGUUGAGUCGCAGGCUCACGUAGCCUCUUCUGCUAUAUCUUUCACAAAUGGACAUUAUCUUCAAUCGCCUCAUCACCAUGCAACGUCUUUUCCAGUCCAACCUUACUCCUCACAGCCACAAUCUUAUCAUAGUCAAUCUGCGCCUUAUCAUGUGUCACCAACCCAUCAUCCCACAUCUUUCUCAGGCCAACCUUACUCGCCACAGCCACAGCCGCAGCCGCAGCCGUACCAUAGUCAGACGCCAUACCAACAAAGUCUUGGCAUCAUUCAUGCUCCUCAGACCUUUUACAGUGGUCAUCCAACUGGAAUCGCAGACAAUCAACUUGAGCAAGCUCAUCAGCACUACGGUUAUCAAAAUGCGCACCUCAUGCAACCACAGCAUUAUCUCUAUCUUCCUCAUCAACAGCAACAAACAGUGCCCUCUCAGUACCGUCAACCGUACCAAGGCGAGCCACACCAGUUUCACCAAUCGGAUGUUCUAAUGUAUAGUCAACCUACUGUGUCACCAGGGUACAGACCAGGCAUAUUAGCGCCGGGAUCAGCUGGUAUGGUCCAAAAGCGUGUGAACUCUGGAGAGGAUGAUAUCGCCAUGGAGGGCAUGGAGAGGCCGUCCAAGAUGAUGAUCAACCACCAUCAUCAUCAAACCUAG